AUGGCUCUUGCCCUGUUGCUCUUCUCAGAGCUUAUGGAACCCUUGAAGCAAACAAGCGAGACCACAAGCUGCUGUGGGCAGACUUCUCAUGAGCCUCGUUCGGGCUGCUCUGUGCAGGCUGGGCUAAGUUAUCUUGCAUCAGAGCAGUGGGUGGAAUCUCUGAGGUUUUCUGCUGUCAACCAGAAACACUUUAUAGCGGUGGGUGCAGGUGCAGUGUGGGGGACGCAGCACAAGGAGCGAACGCUGCUCGAACGCAGCGUCUCGGCCGAGCCCAGCAGCAGAGUUCGAGAGACUCCCGGGACCGGUUGGUGUUUUCCUGCCAUGCAGCAAAAUCCUCCGCCUCCUUACUCCCAGGUCUUCUGGACAAACAACAGUGCAGUUUUGAGCCCCAACUGUGCCCCACUGGGAUUGUACCCCUCUGGGGCUGGGCCCCGUCGAGAGACUUGCCCCCCUUGGCUUGGGCCAGAGAGGAACAGGCAGAGACUGCAUUCUAAGGAUGGCACAUGCCUCUGUUUCCUGGUGGUUUUUCUGCUGGUCUUGUUGGCCCUCGCGGGGGUUGGCCUAGCAAUGUUUCAGAUCUUCCGUCUGCAGAAGGAGUUGGAGCUUUCCCGGAAUGGACACAUGCCUCAACCUCCAGAGAUGCUCAAAGGUCUCCUGUACAGAACAACAGAAAAGAUGGUCAAGAGGAGCGCACACUUAACAGGUAAAGCCAUCCAGAAAUCUCUGCUGCUCGAAUGGGACAAUACCUACGGACACGCUUUUGUCUCUGGGGUCCGAUACGAAAACAGGGGGCUGGUGAUUGAAGAAGCCGGCCUCUACUUCGUGUACGCGAGAGUGUUCUUCCGAGGUCAGCUCUGCACCAACCAGCCCCUUGACCACAUGGUCUUCAAACGAAACCCGGUUUACUCUGGUUCCCAGGUGCUGAUGUGGGACAGGAAAAUGAACUAUUGCCGGACCACGCUCAUGUGGAGCAGCGGCAGCUACCUGGGCGCCUUGUUCAACCUUUCCAGGCAGGACAGCCUGUAUGUGAAUGUCUCUCACCCCAGCCUGGUGAAUUACGAGGAAUCAAAAACUUUCUUUGGCUUAUAUAUGCUUUAG